CAUCUGCGGAUGGAACGACCCGCCCGAGCCGGGUGCCCGAACGCUGACACAGGAGGCAGGUUGUCUGUGGUCUCUGAAUGCUAGGCAGACUUCUGGAGGAGGAGGCGAAACAAGAAAAAAGGGACGUAAACCUGUUACCAUGGCUUCUAACUUCAAUGACAUAGUGAAACAAGGCUACGUGAAAAUACGGAGUAAGAAAUUGGGGAUCUUCCGGCGAUGUUGGCUGGUGUUUAAGAAAGCCUCCAGUAAAGGAGCCCGCCGGUUGGAGAAGUACCCUGACGAGAAAGCAGCUUACUUCAGAGGCUUUCAUAAGAUAACGGAACUCCACAACAUCAAGAACAUCACCAGGAUGCCCCGGGAGACCAGGAAACACGCCGUGGCGAUUAUCUUCCACGACGAGACCUCCAAGACGUUCGCCUGCGAGUCCGAGCUGGAGGCUGAGGAGUGGUGUAAGCUGCUGUCGGUGGAGUGCCUGGGCAGCAGGCUUAAUGACAUCAGCCUGGGAGAGCCAGACCUAUUGGCAGCGGGCGUUCAGAGGGAGCAGAACGAGAGGUUCAACGUGUACCUCAUGCCGACGCCCAACCUGGACAUCUACGGGGAGUGCACCAUGCAGAUCACCCAUGAGAACAUCUACCUGUGGGACAUCCACAACGCGCGGGUCAAGCUGGUCAUGUGGCCACUCAGCUCGCUGCGCCGCUACGGGAGGGACUCCACGUGGUUCACCUUCGAGGCCGGGAGGAUGUGUGACACAGGCGAGGGGCUAUUCACGUUCCAGACGCGCGAGGGCGAGAUGAUCUACCAGCGGGUCCACUCCGCCACGCUGUCCAUCGCCGAGCAGCACGAGCGCAUGCUGAUGGAGAUGGAGAAGAGCUCACAGACACUCUCGAAUGAAGCCUCAUUAACAAAGUCAAUAUCCUUACCGCGGAGUGUGUACUGGCAACACAUCAUACGUCAGAACAGCGUCGGAGAUAUCUACAGUUGUCAAGGGAACAGCCUGACUCUUACACUGAUUCCUCGGGCGCAGACAUUUCCAAGUUUCCUGUCCGAGCAGAACGAGGACGCGACGUGCGCAUCCCCAAACGAAGAGCAAGCUCUGUCGCCCUCUAGUGACUAUGAAACAAACUACAGCACAGCACCUCUGCAAUGACGAGCACUGAAUAGCUAUUCCUAUCAAGCCAAAACGGGACAUUCCUUCGCUUUAGCGACCCCCUAGGGACACGUAUAGGAUUCUGUGAUAUAAAUUAACAUAUAUUAAUGUAUUUAAAAUGAUAAUAGUGAUUUGUAGAGCAGUUAAUAUAAUGAUGAAAGGAGUAUCCUUUUGUACCUGUUGUAAAACAACAGUAGGGUGAAAGUUGCACCAAAAACUUUUUUCCUCUUGUAGAUUUAAAUACAGAUUUAUUUUUCUGCAAUUAUAUGUUGACAUAGUAACUACUUUUUUCUCCUCUUGUUCCACUGUACAUCACCAUGUCCUGUGCAUAUAGCAUAUCUUUUGAUGUCUGGUCUUGUGUU